GAAAUUUAGCCCUUUCUAUGUCUGUUAGGGCAGACUGCAAAAAAUAUAUGUAUAUAUUUUGUAAUAGGAAGACCAUAAUGAACAUUUGUUGGAUUACCUUACGAGAUGGUAAAAUAUAUGAUAUUCCUUUCUUAUAGGACUUAAGACUGUUUUAGAUUAUUAUUAUUAUUAUUGUUAUUAUUUUUGGAGGGCAGAUAGCUGUGAACCUCACAGUCAGCCUGUGGAUGAAAAAGCCCACUGUAGCUGUAGUCAUGGUUACAAGCACUGGUUUCAGUAGCUUAGCACAGACGCUGGUUAAACUUCAUAAACUCUUGUAUUUAUGAUAUAAGUGUAAAUUUCAGUUGUCAGACCUUCUCUGGAGAAUGUCUGACACACACGAGAACAAAGAUAAAUUGGGUGCUGAUACAUUUAAGCAUGCUGAGGAUUAUCUGAAAACAGUGAACAAGCAGCCACUAGUACUUCCACCCAUUGAAGAUGAACAAAAACAUACAAUACCUAUUUGGAAUCCUCUUGAAAAUUUCUUUGAAGUGCAUCCCCAAAGGAAGAAGAUUCCAGGAGCAUUACCUGGAAAAAAGGUCAAACAUUCAGGAAACGUGACUGCAGAGAGUGUCCCGUUAACCAAAACAAAAGGCGUGUCGUCUCUGCCUGAAGACAACAAAGAGAAAGCGCUACAGCCGGGCUUGCUUUCUCUCUCAGUUCAGCACAAGUCUUCCUCUAAAACAGAAUCAAGUUCCCUGUGCAACUGGAGAGAAGGAGGCACUGAGGCUGUUGCCAUCCAGUCCUGCUGGAGGCGCCACAGGGCCAGCACUGCUGUCAUUGCAGCAUCAUGGUGGAAACAUCUUCAGAUGACUCACAUCAAGAAGGCCCUUCAGGCCAGGCGCUUAAGUCACUUAGAGAAUUGUCGCAGAAGAUCACAGCAUCUGGCAGCCAACUGGAAACAUAUCAAGUUGUCCAAGAGGACCAUCAUCCACAUCCCUUCAUUAGGGUUCUCUCUGAGCCAGCGGCUGCACUUGAGGAGGUUCGACAUCCUUCAGAACAUCCAAAUAGGCAGAAUUUUUGAUGUUAGAGAUGAAAAUGUUGAGGUGAUCUACAUAUGCCCCUUGCGUCUUGGGGAGGACGUCUUGCAGUAUUACAACAGCCUCUUGACAUGUGAUGAAACCGUAGAAGGAGCUGACACCAGUACCACUCAGGCUUCACCCGGCAACAGACACUUUGUCAUCCUAACUCCUGAGGCUGUGGAUCAUUUCCCUACCCAUAACAUGUGUCUGUCUACACUGCUGAAGUACAGUCCACGCACCCUGAGGCGUAUUAAAAACCUCAUCCAGGGGAAGCAGGCCUAUAUAGUGGGUGGAGUUGGCCACAUGGAUGACCUGGCAGUGGCCGAUGAGUUGGAUGUGCCGAUCUUAGGUCCAGAGCCGGCUGUUCAACAACUCUACAGCACAAAGUCUGGAGGGAGGAGGAUCUUCGCUGCAGCAAAAGUUGAUGCACCGCCCGGUCAAGGAGACAUCUACUCCUUAGCACAGCUUCAUGAAAAGCUUGGAGAGCUGAUGACUCUUAAUAUCACCGUGGAGCGGUGGCACUUCAGAAUGAACCAGCAGCGUGGCGACCAUGUCACAGCUUACUGUGAUGUUUGCCAUCUUAGCUGCUAUAAAUGGGCCCUGCAGCGCUAUCGUUACUUUGGUCCUGAUCUUUGGAGCUCAGAAUGGAUGCAGGAGUUUGUGCUGUCGAGAUAUUUAAAUGAGAUCCCAGAAUGGCUGGCCCAGUAUGCCCAGCCUGCUAAAACCUCCUCUUAUCCCAGUUGGUCCUGCUUCCUGAAGACCUUCCUCAGGCAAGGUGGCGUGGUGGAGGCAUGUCCCCCUUCACAGAGUGUCACCCAUCUGACAGUAGAUCUGUUACUAGAACCAGGGGGUGAGGUGACCAUGCUGUCCUGUGGAGACCAGCUCCCAGGCUCCUGUCAACUGAAGGCCAUUGGUGCCAUUGUUCCUCAGACGUGUGUACACCCAGAGACCUUACACUCCAUCUGUAUGAGUGUGGGUCAGGCUUGUCUGCAGCAUCUUAUUGUGGGUUAUGUCUCUGUGGGUCUAGCUACCUUUGUGGACCGCCACACUGCAGAGCAGAAGGUUUUGGGUAUUGAUCUGGACGUUGCUUACAGUGACCAGCUGGCUAUGACCCAGAUGAUGCUGAUGACAACUGGAGGAACGCUGAAUUGUCACGCAGGCAGUUUAGAAGUUCAAAUGUCAAUCAGAAAGACAAGCUGUGCAGUCAAAAAUCCUGGGGCCAGUUGUUUCGCAGUAAUUGGGACCCACUUGUUUCAUUCCAACCUCUCCAUGCUCUACCACCGUGUCUUUCUCCAGAUGUGCAACCAUCAUGGCACUGGAUUCAACAAGGAGCAGAAAAAAGGCACUGUCUUUGCUUUUUAUGACAGCCAUGAGCGAUGUCGCAUUGGUAUGAUAACCGUCUCUGAGGAUCUCCAGGGAGCUCUAGUGACCUUUGCUCAGAAUCUGUCAUUCAUUCAUCAGGAAAUAUCACCCUCUGCAAUGGAAGGAGAAAACAAUUUCAAGGAGCUGAUCAAGAACAUAGAAGAUGUGCUGCAGAUUAUAAAUCAGAACAAAAACCAGCUGGAUGAUGAAACCACUGCGUAGGCUGUUGCUUCCUCAGUAAAGUUACCAGAUCAUUGCCAAAUGAAUGUUCAUUAAAAAAUAACAAUAAAUAAGUAGGCCAUGGAGAUGCAUGCUCACUAAAAUAAUAUAGCUUUCUAACUAUGUCGUAAAGUUGUAAGAAGUAUUGAUGCUUUAUUUUGGCAGCCUGAAAUCACUUAAAAAUAUAUUUGGUUCCACAAAAAAGUUCUUAAUAGAAACUAUAGACCUCAAAUUUAAUAUUAGAAUAGACAAACUUCAUAAAAGACUAUCACAAGUAGUUUAAACUAUUAGAGAAGACAAUUCAUUAUUUAGUAUUCAAUAAAAAGUGAUAAGAACAAUUGGCUAUUUUAUUCAGUUGUAUUAUUUUACUGUUUUCUUUAUUAUUUUCCAUUUUCUUGUAAAUCUGUGUGUUAAUUUUGUCUAAAUAAAUGAAUAUGUGCAACAGGAAGAGUCUGCAAAAAAAGUUGUUUUACUAUUUCAUCAAGUGAUUUUAAUUUUAAUUUUUUAAAUUUUAAGUUAAGUCUUGGAUUUGAUUUCAGGUGAAUUUAAUGUAGUUUCUUUUUAACAGUUUCCAUGGGAAUAUUCCCUUCCACAUAUUUCUUUUUUACACAUAUUUAUCAUGUCAUACAGUUAAUG